UACUACCCCAAAUUAACCAAAUUCGUGACAAAAUAUUGAGUCCAUCAUAAGCUUCCUUCCUAUUUUUAAAUGACAAGGGCCAAAUUAAACAAUUCUCGAAAUUAUUAGGGACUUCUUCUAAAUUAGCAUAAACAUUUUCCUACCAUUAAUAAAGAGAGAGAACAUAAAAAGAAACCACCACACUUCACUCCGACAAAACUCCACAACUAUGGCUUCCACAUCCACCGUCACGACAUUGACCAUCUUCUCCCUCCUCCUCUUCUUCAUCAACCUCACCACAUCUCAGCAAAUCUCAACCGUCGAUUCUGAAUGCACAGACCGUUGGAUCCACAUCCGCACACUCCCCUCCCGAUUCAAUCUCGAUCUCCUCUCAACUUGCAACCACUACCCACUCACCGACGACCUCUGCCCUUACUUAUCCAACCACGGCCUCGGCCCGAAAACCCACACCCGUACCCGAAGCUGGUACCGAACCGACCCGCUUCUCCUCGAACUCAUCUUCCACCGUCGGAUCCUCGAGUACCCGUGCCUCACACCCGACCCGAACCUCGCAACCGCCGUCUACCUCCCAUACUACGCCGGCAUCGACUCCCUCCGCUACCUCUACGGACCCGACGUGAACUCCAGCGCGGAUCACGGGUCGGAUCUCCUCUCCUUUCUAAAACAAGACUCCCCCGAGAUCUGGGCCCGACGCUCGGGCCAAGACCAUUUCCUCGUCAUGGCCCGGCCCGCUUGGGACUUCUCUCAACCGUUGACCGUUGACCCUCCCAUCUGGGGAACGUCUUUCCUCGAACGCCCCGAGUUUUUUAACUUAACGGCGUUAACUCUCGAAUCCCGUUUCUGGCCCUGGCAAGAACAAGCGGUUCCUUACCCGACGUCGUUUCACCCGCACAGCUUGCCGUUUUUAGAAUCCUGGAUCAGGAGAGUGCGCCGUUCUCGGAGAACUUCUCUCAUGCUAUUCGCUGGAGGAGGGGGAACGUCUUCAACUCCGAACAUCCGCCGCAGCAUCCGGAUGGAGUGUACCAGCACUAACGUAACCGUAACGGAGUCUGAGAUCAAGACGUGCGAUUUUGUAGACUGCUCUAACGGCAUCUGCGAGCACGACCCGAUCCGGUUCAUGAGACCGAUGCUGCAAGCCUCCUUCUGCUUGCAGCCGCCGGGAGAUACUCCGACGCGUAAGGCGACGUUCGACGGGAUCAUCGCGGGAUGCAUCCCGGUUUUCUUCGAGGACCAGACGGCGAAGAUGCAGUACACGUGGCAUUUGCCGGAGGAGGAUUUUAGGGAGUUUUCGGUGACGAUUGCGAAGGAGGAUGUUGUGUUCAGGGGGGUGAGGAUCGCUGACGUGUUGAUGAGUAUACCGAGAGAGGAAGUGGCGAGGAUGAGGGAGAAGGUGAUUGAGAUGAUGCCUAGGGUUAUGUAUAGGAGACAUGGUGCUUCCAUUGGGUUGAUGAGUAAGAAAGAUGCUGUUGAUAUUGCUAUUGAUGGUGUUUUGGACAAGAUUAAUUCUAGGGUUUGAGUUUUACUUUUACGACACACUUUAAAACAGGUUUUACUUAUUGUUGUUGUUUGUUUUGGUAUCUAUUGUAACUAUAGUUAUUCAUGCUGAGAAGAGUUUGCAUUAAUAAAAACUAUAUAGUAUUUUUGUAAGUUUGAUUCGGGAUGUGUUUUUGGUUGGUAAUAUAUAGUAUGAGAGACUCUGUUUUUUGGGGAUAAUUUGGAGUGUGAUGAAGGAAGCUAUAAGUUUUUGUCGAGACUACAUUGGUAUAUAUAUGAAUUAAAUCCUCAGUUUAAAAGCCA